AUGUUCCAAAAAUUGAUCGUAGCAUCCUUCGUGGUCGCCUUGGUAGUGGCAAUCCCUCAGAGACCGCAGGCCCGCGGCAACUUUGGCGGCGGUGGCGACGAAGCCGGAGCGGAAAUCGUCAACCAAGACACGGUCAUCAACGCGGACGGAUCGUACACGUACAACUACGAGACGAGCAACGGUAUCAGCGCGUCGCAGGUUAGCAACGAUGGCACGAACGCGAACGGUAACUUCGCCUACACGGCUCCGGAUGGCGAGCGCAUCGAGGUCGUGUACGUCGCCGAUGAGAACGGCUUCCAGCCACAGGGUGCCCAUCUGCCGACGGAGCCUCCGGCGCCCGAGCACGUGAUCCGGAUGUUGGAAGAGAUGCGCGCCAACCCGCCAGAGGGCGCCGACCUCGAGUCGCUGGACGCCACCCUGAACCGACUCCGUGCCACCCUGGGCUAA